AUGAGGGUGGUGUCGUCCGCGAACUUAAUCAGCUUCACGGAGUCGUGGCUGGAGGUGCAGUGGGAGGAGGUGCAGUGGUUGGAGGUGCAGUGGGAGGAGGUGCAGUGGGAGGAGGUGCAGUGGGAGGAGGUGCAGUGGUUGGAGGUGCAGUGGGAGGAGGUGCAGUGGGAGGAGGUGCAGUGGGAGGAGGUGCAGUGGUUGGAGGUGCAGUGGGAGGAGGUGCAGUGGGAGGAGGUGCAGAGGAGCGAACCACACGGUGAUGGAGGAGGUGAUGGAGGAGGUGAUGAGGAGGUGAUGGAGGAGGUGACGGAGGAGGUGAUGGAGGAGGUAAUGGAGGAGGUGAUGGAGGAGGUGAUGGAGGAGGUGAUGGAGGAGGUGAUGGAGGAGGUGAUGGAGGAGGUAAUGGAGGAGGUGAUGGAGGAGGUGAUGGAGGAGGUGAUGGAGGAGGUGAUGGAGGAGGUAAUGGAGGAGGUGAUGGAGGAGGUGAUGGAGGAGGUGAGGAUGGACUCGAUGAUGGCCGUGUAG